UUCCUGUUAAAUUUUUACGCGUACUCUCAAACCCAAAACACGAUGGCGUCCAUGGCAAUUUUAUUUAUGCUACUUGCGGUCACUUUUCGCAUACAGGCGAUUCACAAUGUACCUGAUAUCUUUCCAGAAACAGAACCAGGACAAGAGCUCCCGGAUACACAAGUCAUCGUGGAUAGAAUCAAAGAUUCCUGUCCACCAUUCGGAUCACCAGACGAACAAUUUAAAGUGAUGGUGUUGGGCAGUUUAAAUCCACCGGCAGGCGGAUGUGCUUCUAUGCGAGCAGAAAUUGGCGAUAAAGUACCAGCGUUUGAAGUUUUACUGGGCGAUAUUGAUAAUAGCGUUAGAUUCGUUAGACGUCAUCAAAAAUUGGCAUCAAUUGACUUAUAA